GCCAGAUAAAUGGUGAAGAAGAUAGGUACAUAAGCUACAAAAGUUCAGUUCUUGAGGAAACAUUCUGUUUCUUUGGUGAGUGAAAAUGGAGAGUUCUCAUGCUUACAGACUUAGCAGUCUGCGGUCGAGUAAUUCCAACAUAUGGAGCAACACUGCAGUCGAAAUCUUUUCAAAGUCUACUCGCGAAGAAGACGACGAAGAAGCAUUAAAAUGGGCUUCUAUAGAGAGGCUUCCCACUUAUCUUCGCAUAAGAAGAGGUAUCCUUACUCAAGAAGAAGGCCAGACAAGUGAGAUUGAUGUCAAACAUCUAAAACCAGCUGAGAGGAAAUACAUUGUGAAUCGAAUAAUGAACGAAGAGGAUGAUAACGAGGUGUUCCUAUUGAAGCUCAAGGAACGCAUUGCAAGAGUUGGCAUUGAGUUUCCCACAAUUGAAGUCCGAUUUGAGCAUUUGAAUGUUGAAGCACAGGCUUAUGUUGGCAGUAGGGCAUUGCCAACAAUAUUCAACUUCACCUUCAACAUACUAGAGGGUUUCUUGAGCUCUCUUCAUAUUCUUCCAAAUAAGAAGAGACCAUUUCCAAUUCUUCAUGAUGUCAGCGGAAAUCUCAAGCCUGGAAGACUAACGCUACUUUUAGGACCACCAAGUUCCGGUAAAACCACCAUGCUGUUAGCAUUGGCUGGAAGACUUCCUUCUGAUCUUAAAGUUUCUGGGAAUGUUACAUACAAUGGCCAUGAGAUGAAAGAAUUUGUACCCGAAAGGGCAUCAGCUUAUAUUAGUCAACAUGAUCUUCAUUUGGGUGAACUUACAGUGAGAGAAACACUAGCUUUUUCAGCAAGAUGUCAAGGCGUUGGAUCUCGUCAUGAUAUGCUGGUGGAAAUAUCAAGGAGAGAGAAGGAAGCAAACAUUAAGCCAGACUCUGAUCUUGAUACUUUUUUGAAGGCCCUGGUGCUUGAAGGACAGGAGACAAGUGUUGUAACAGAUUACAUAAUCAAGAUUUUAGGACUGGAGUUCUGUGCUGAUACCAUGGUUGGGGAUGAAAUGAUACGUGGGAUUUCUGGAGGACAGAAAAAGCGGGUAACAACAGGGGAGAUGAUGGUUGGGCCAGCAAGAGUAUUUCUUAUGGAUGAGAUAUCAACUGGUCUGGACAGUUCGACAACCUUUCAGAUUGUUAAUUCAAUUAAGCACUCAAUCCAUAUCCUUCAUGGAACUGCUGUUAUAUCACUAUUGCAACCGGCACCAGAAACUUUUGAUCUAUUCGAUGACAUAAUUCUUCUUGCUGAUGGUCAUAUUGUGUAUCAAGGUCCACGAGAAUAUGUGUUGGAAUUCUUUGAAUCCAUGGGUUUCAAAUGUCCCGAAAGAAAAGGAGUUGCUGACUUCUUACAAGAAGUGACAUCAAAUAAAGAUCAAGAGCAGUACUGGGCAUAUAGAGAUGAACCUUAUACUUAUGUUUCUGUCAAGAAUUUUUCUGAAGCAUUUCAAUCAUUUCAUGUUGGAAGGAAUCUAGGAGCUGAGCUUGCUGUUCCUUUUGACAAAUCCAAGAGUCAUCCUGCUGCAUUAACCACAGAGAAGUUUGGCGUUAGCAAAAAGGAACUUCUGAAAGCUUGCAUUUCGAGAGAAUUUCUUCUUAUGAAAAGGAACUCAUUUGUCUAUGCAUUUCAAUUGAUAAAAAUAUUCUUGAUGGCUCUGAUAACAAUGACAGUGUUUCUGCGAACUAAGAUGCACAAGGAAACUACAACUGAUGGUCAGAUUUUCAUGGGGGCUCUGUUUUUCACAACAGUCAUGAUCAUGUUCAAUGGAUUCGCAGAGCUUGCUUUUACGAUUUUGAAGCUUCCUGUCUUUUACAAACAACGCGACCUUCUCUUCUUCCCUGCAUGGGCAUAUGCGCUGCCUACAUGGAUACUGAAGAUCCCAUUCACGCUGUUAGAGAGUGGAGUUUGGGUUGCUAUGACAUACUAUGUAACUGGAUAUGAUUCAAAUGUUGGAAGGUUUUUCAGACAGUACCUUCUGCUCAUAUUUGUUGGCCAGAUGGCGUCAGGGCUAUUUCGCCUUAUGGCGGCAUUGGGAAGGAAUAUGGUCAUUGCAAACACAUUUGGAUCAUUUGUAUUGGUCGCAUUUCUAGCAUUGGGGGGAUAUGUUUUGUCUCAUGAUAAAAUUAAAAAAUGGUGGAUUUGGGGAUACUGGAUUUCCCCUAUGACGUAUGCAGAGAAUGCUAUUUCUGUUAACGAGUUCCUGGGGAAUAGUUGGAGACAUUUGUCUUCUGGAUCAAGAAAACCCUUAGGAGUUUCAGUUUUGAAGGCUCGAGGCAUUUUUGUGGAGGCCCGCUGGUACUGGAUUGGAGCUGCUGCUCUGUUUGGAUAUAUACUUCUGUUCAAUAUCUUAUAUACUUUGGCUUUAACUUUCCUGGAACCACUUGAGAAGGCCCAGGCAGUUUUAUCUGAAGAAACUUUGGCAGAGAGGAGCUCGAUCAAGACAGAAAGUGAAGAUGAUGCCCGGAGAAAUGUAUCAUCGCGAUCUAUGUCAUCUAGAGUGGCCAGCAUUAGUGAAGAUGAGCCAGAACGAAAACCAGGGAUGGUCCUACCAUUUGAGCCUUUUGCAAUCACUUUUGACGACAUAAGAUAUUCGGUAGACAUGCCACAGGAAAUGAAAGCACAAGGACUUACUGAGGACAGACUUGAACUUUUAAAAGGUGUGAGUGGCUCUUUUAGGCCAGGGGUCUUGACAGCUCUGAUGGGCGUUAGCGGGGCUGGUAAGACAACUCUGAUGGAUGUCUUGGCUGGUAGAAAAACAGGUGGUUAUAUUGAAGGAACAAUCACCAUAUCAGGGUACCCAAAGAAGCAAGACACUUUUGCCCGUAUAGCAGGAUACUGCGAACAAAAUGAUAUUCAUUCACCUCAUGUAACCGUAUACGAGUCUUUGCAGUAUUCUGCUUGGCUUCGGCUGCCCGCUGAAGCGGAUGCUGCAACCAGAAAGAUGUUCGUUGAAGAAGUUAUGGAACUUGUCGAGCUUACCUCAUUGAAAGAGGCACUUGUUGGAUUGCCUGGAGUGAAUGGACUUUCAACUGAGCAGCGCAAGAGGCUGACAAUUGCAGUUGAGCUUGUAGCUAAUCCCUCAAUUAUAUUCAUGGAUGAACCGACCUCUGGACUUGAUGCCAGGGCUGCUGCCAUAGUUAUGAGAACAGUGAGAAACACAGUGGAUACAGGUCGAACAGUAGUCUGCACCAUCCAUCAACCAAGCAUUGAUAUAUUUGAUGCUUUUGAUGAGCUGGUUCUUUUAAAACGUGGAGGCGAAGAGAUAUUUGUUGGUCCCUUGGGCCGCCAUUGUGUAGAUCUCAUACGGUACUUUGAGGCCGUUGAUGGAAUAGACAAAAUUAGAGAUGGUUACAAUCCUGCAACUUGGAUGUUGGAAGUGUCUUCAAUUGCACAAGAAGCAGCUCUUGGAGUUAAUUUCCCACAAAUAUAUAAAGGCUCAGAACUUUAUAGGAGAAACAAAGCACUAAUCAAAGAACUAAGCACACCUGCUCCAGGCUCCAAAGAGUUGUACUUUCGCACUCGUUACUCUCAGCCAUUCUUCAUCCAGUUCAUGGCUUGCUUAUGGAAACAGCACUUGUCCUAUUGGCGAAACCCACAUUAUACUGCAGUAAGACUGUUGUUUACAACAAUUAUAGCUUUGAUGUUUGGAACAAUAUACUGGAAGCUCGGCUCCAAAAGGGAAAGGCUUCAGGAUCUACUUAACGCCAUGGGUUCUAUGUAUUCUGCUGUUUUAUUUAUGGGUAUACAAAAUGCAACGUCAGUUCAGCCUGUUGUUGCCAUAGAGAGGACAGUAUUCUACAGGGAAAGAGCGGCCGGAAUGUAUGCAGCUUUAGCAUAUGCUUUUGGACAGGUUGUUGUCGAGCUUCCUUACCUUCUGGUUCAGACAGCCAUCUAUGGAGUCCUAGUAUAUGCAAUGAUCGGAUUCGAAUGGACUGCUGCCAAGUUCUUUUGGUACUUAUUCUUCAUGUAUUUUACCUUAUGGUACUUCACAGCUUAUGGGAUGAUGACAGUGGCAGUUACACCAAACCAAAACAUUGCUGCCAUAGUUUCAUCCUCAUUUUACUCAAUAUGGAACCUUUUUUCAGGAUUCAUUGUUCCAAAGCCGAGAAUUCCAGUUUGGUGGAGGUGGUAUUAUUACAUCUCCCCUGUUGCUUGGACAUUGUAUGGUUUAGUUGCUUCACAGUUUGGAGACAUAAAGGAAGAGAUGAUUGACACGAAUCAAACAGUCAAAGACUUCAUAAGAAGUUAUUUUGGGUUUAAGCAUGAUUUCCUGGGAUUUGCGGCCCUCAUAAUAGUUGCAUUUGCAACCAGUUUCACCUUCAUCUUUGCCUUGUCAAUCAAGAUGUUUAACUUCCAGAAAAGAUAAUCUACAGUCUACUCCAGAUAGAUAUACUUGAGAGCAAAAUGAUCUGCAGUGUAUAGAGAAUAGGAAGUGCUGGUAGCUCUGUAAAAAUCAACUUCCUCUCAGCCGAUUUAAAGGGCUGCUUCUUGUUAUAUAUUAUUGUAUCCUCAAAAUUUCAAAUUUGCAAAAUUCACCGAGCAGGA